AUGCCAAAACGUCAUCUUACGGUUCAAAAUAAAGAUAACGAACAUGAACAACAAUCAUCAUCUAUUCUAACACGUUUAUCAUCAAAACGUGCUAAUACAAAUGAAUCAAUUACAAAUAAAAAACCGAAAAUUGAAGAAAAACAUAUUGAUAAAGAAAAUAUACCAAAACGUCAAACACGUCAAAGUACGAAAUCAAAAGAACGAGAACCUUCACCAUUACCAUCACCACCAACACCACCAAUUGAAAUUAUCGAACCAAUAUCUGAUAAACCUGUAAAUCCUCCUCCUCCUCCUCCUCCUGAAGAUACUGAUGAUGAAUUUGAUAAUGAUGAAGAUGAACAUUUAACUUUACCAAUCGAUGAUAAUGAUCAAGGUAAAGAUUAUCCAACAAAUAAAGAAUAUCUUAUUUAUGAAAAUGCACGUCCUAAUAAACAACCAUUAAUUAUAUCGAAAACAGCACGUUAUUGGACAAAUAAAUAUCGUAAAGUUCUUCGUCAUGUUAAUCCUGAUGCAUAUGGAAUGUAUAUUCAUGCUGAUUUUAGUUGUUAUGGUGAACUCGAAGUUAUUGAAAAUUGUUUACUUGAUUUAACUAAAACAAUAUUUAUUGUACAACAAGGUAUUUUCAAUUAUCAACGUAAACCAAUUGAUAAAGUUAAUUAUGUUCUUGGUUUUCGACGUCUUGAAACAUUAACAAUAUUACUUGAUUAUACUGAUGGUAUAAGUGGUAUUGAUGAUGGUGAUCGUUUUUAUGCUAUAAUGCGUGUUAUUGGUUCUUGUUAUAUAACAAUUCUUCGUGGUUUAUUGCCAGAUAUAAUGUUUAAAAAAAUUGAAACAAUUGAUGAAAAUUUAAUUAAAAAAUUAAAUAAAAUAUCAAAACAAAUACCUAAUUUUAAAUAUGUUUUAGAACAAGCUCUUAUUAUUGGUCAUAUGUUUUUAACUAUUGCUGAUGUUUGUAGUGCAUAUACAAAUAUUCUUCAAAUUGUUUAUUGUAAUUGGGUUUUAAUUAUGGAUAAAAUUUCAAUUGAUUUAAAUCAAAAAUCAAUUGAUAAACUUAUGAAAGCAUUAAAACAUGCAUCUGAAAUUGAUAGAAAUAAUCUUGAAUAUGGUGAUAAAGAAUCAUUUGAUUUUUUAAAAGAAUUACGUUCAUAUAAAGAAGAUUAUGGUCUUGGAGGUGAUGCACAUGAUAUUAGUAAAUGGACACGAAGUGAACGUGCAGCUUAUUCAUAUCAACAUUUUAAUCCUUUUGAAAACUUGUUUUUUUAG